AUGGAAUUAUUCCAGGGGUUGAAAAAGAAGGUAGAAGGGGAAAUUAAAUCUACAUCCAAGGAAACCGAGAAUGAUAUUAAGCUAAUUCUCAAAUUUUUGGAAUGGAGAAAGUAUCCUACACCAAAAUCACUGGAAAAUCCAACAGUAAACGACAUAAUUGACAUAUGGAAUUGUGUUAUACAAACAAUAGAUCCAAACAUGAUCGUCACCAGGAAUAAUAUGGCCAUGAUAGUGCCAUCUUUCCUACACAUUUUCAGUUGUCCCUUCACUGUAAACAAGGCCAGCAUGGCUGCCCCGCACCUAGGAGCGGGCUUAUCUGCUAAUCUACAUUUCAUAGGUUGGAUUUGCAAAUUGCUUAUAUAUGAAGACUAUUGCUUCGAAUUCCAAGUGCCAAAUCAAAAGUUUUACAAUGAUACAGACCUAAUAGCUACAAAUAUCACAGCUGAAGAGGCUGCGAUAAGUUAUGUAAAGCGACUAAUCGGAGACAAUUAUCACAUAGCAAUGAGAAGUGGUAAUGACAACACUGCCACAGAUUCUAUGGUAAAGAAUAUUAUCCAUACAAUAAGAGAUUAUAUAGAUGAAAUUAACACGGUUAUUCAAUCAAAUGGAGUCCAACUUGAAAAAAUACAACAUGAACUUACACAACUGAAGAAUAUAGUAGGCCUGAGGGAUGAAUUGAAGGCUCGAAUUAACACCCUAAAUAAUGAUAUUGAAAAUAUAGAUGGAGCUGUUGUAAAGGGGAAGAGGGAUUUGAGCAAAAAGGAGCAAGAAAUUGAAGCAUUGACACUAAAGUUGGAACAAGAGACUAAGAAUUUGAACAAACUAAACGAGGAAGCACUGGAGCUACAGAAGAUUAUCACAUCUCAAAAACUGUCUAAAAAUGAAAUUGAAAAACUCAAAACCGAAUUAUCUAAUGCCAAAGACACCCUAGCCUCUAUUGAUUUCAAGAAAAAUGUUGUCAAACAAUCUAUCCCCACUCUGGAAAAUGAGAUUGAAAACAUAACUAAAGAGUUAUAUUUAAAAUGCCAAGAGAUUAUGACAACUCAGCACAAAGUCAGUGAAACGAUAGCUGUUCACAAAUCUGACUAUGCCAUUCCUUGGAUUAAAUUGGAUGCGCCACGCAUUAAUAUCUCAGCGGAAACUAUUAAUUCUAUCAUUGGCGAUGAGCUCAAGAGAUACGAAUCCCAUUUGGAACCUCUUAUGAAAAGGAAUUUGCAGCUAUACCACGAUGCAAAACAGACACUAAUAAACAUCAAUGAAUAUGUUAAGGCGAAUAAAAGGAACCUAACGGAUGCACAGAAUGAAUUAGAAUCACUGCAGAAUUCAAUAAUUUCUGCUAAUAAAUUACUUGAUUUAAGCCGCAGUAAAUUGGAUGAACAUGAUAGCAGAUUUGAGAAUUUGCUAAAGGAGUCAAAAGAUAGGAUUAAAGCUAAUUGGAACAAAGCAAAACAAUCACUAGCCAAGGUGGCAACUAAGCACGCUGAGUUGUCGAAGAUUUUAACAGAAAAGAAGCUAUACCUAUCAUCAUUUUGGAAUGAACAAGUUAAGCAGAUAGAGUUGAUUGUACAGUUGAUUCGCACUGCUAAAAUGACGAAUUAUAACAAAUUAAAGGAGCUAAACAAGUACAAAGAGAACAUUUUGGCAAAUUUGAAAUAA